AUGGGUAAUACGAACUCGACAGAAGGAAAUAACGUGGUUGCUUCAUAUCAACAACAGAAAGAACAGCAAGCACAAGGACAAGGCAAUACAAAGCAAGAUCAACCACCACAAAGAGAGAGACGAGCAAGCAGUAGUAGUACAACUUCCAACAACCCAAAGCCGACCUCUAAUUCCACAUCGACAUCAUCCUCCACAACCUCUAUCACAAAGCAGCCGCAGUCAUUUGAGUUUUCAGUGACAGAGCCUAUUCAUACAGUAUCAGAGCCUGAGCCAAUACCACCCACUACGCAUCAUUGGUCUCCCAAAGAACCAUCUAUUCAAGAGGAUAUCGAUACAAUGAAAGAGGGAGACAAAGAGCCUGAAGAAGUAGCCAAUACACCUUCAAAAGCUGUGCCAGUGUCUAAUACCAAAUCAGGCUGGGUAUCCAGUACUGGGGCAGCCAGUCCUUGGUACGGAUCCUUAUCAUCCUCCACCUCGUCCUCACAUCACCGUGCAUCCAUCAGUGGUCCUUAUUAUCGUACACGCGGCAUGAGUGUCACACGUGACUCUGAAAACGAUGAAGAUUUGACAAAUAUCAUUACAUCGACAAGCUCAAACACGGCAGCAAACAGCAUUAGCAAUACUCAACAAACGUCGCCAACAAACAGCACACAAGCAGCAUCAAAUGCCUCAACAGCAACAGCUGCAGCUACAAAAACAACAACACCGACAACAAAUCAGGGUGUACCAACGAUCAUUACAUGGACACAGGGUGGUAACAAUGUCUAUAUAACCGGAACGUUUAAUGGCUGGAAACACAAGAUCAAAUUGGUAAAAAGCACGCAUGACUUCAGUGCAGUAUUGGACUUACCACCUGGCACUCACCGCCUCAAGUUUAUUGUGGACGAUGAAUGGAAAUGCUCGAACGAUAUGGAAACAGCAACGGAUCCUGAUGGAAACCUAGUCAACUACUUGCAAGUGUUGGACGAAGACGAUGAAGAGAACAAUGACGAAUUUGGAGAUAACGAUUUAUCGACCGUAUCGUCAUCAGGGUCCCUAUCAAUGGUCGAGAACAAGAAAUACUCCAACGUGAUUCCCCCUGAAUUAUUGCAAUUGGCAUCUGUCAUGUCAAACAACGACCAAAAGGACGACGAGGAACUACAGCAGCAGAGAAAAACUCUGUUGGAAUGGGAAAAGAAGCAACCGCAGCCACCUGGAUUGCCGCCUCAUCUAGAGAAAGUUUUGCUGAACUCACAUACUGUCAGUGAGGAAGACAAUUCAGUUUUGCACGAGCCCAACCAUGUUACCCUCAACCACUUGUACGCUUGCUCCAUCAAAGACAAUGUUAUGGCAUUAGCAACAACAUCGAGAUAUCGUAAAAAGUAUGUAACUACCAUGUAUUAUCGCCCUGUAUCUCCCAAGAACUAA